CUGUGGCAGCGCCGCCAGUUGCGAGCGGCCAGCUGUGGAAGCCGGUGUUAAGGUGCGGCCAUGUUUACCCGAGCGUGCAGUUCUUGCUGAAAAAGUUGCAAAUUCUGCCUGCGCCGCGAAGUAAACAGGAUGCCCAAAUGUAAAGCGAAGACGAGAUUCAUUCCGGCCACCUUCGCGUGGACCAUUCUGCUGGGGACGACCACCCUGUUCUUCGUUUACCCGAGUCACUUUUACAUCAAGACGUACCCAUGGGUGCUCGCAGUGCAAGGCUUAAUCACCCUCUUCGUGCUGGCCAACUUCACUCUUGCCACGUUCAUGGACCCUGGCGUGAUCCCAAAAGCAAACGCAGACGAGGACCGCGAAGAUGACUUCCGAGCGCCGCUAUAUAAAAACGUCGAAAUCCACGGCAUCACCGUGCGGAUGAAAUGGUGCGUCACCUGCCAGUUUUACCGGCCGCCCAGGUGUUCCCACUGCAGCGUCUGCAACAACUGCAUCGAGACUUUUGACCAUCACUGUCCGUGGGUCAACAACUGCAUCGGCAGACGAAACUACCGCUACUUCUUCAUGUUUCUCAUUUCGCUCAGCAUCCACAUGAUGAGCAUCUUUUCACUGUGCCUCAUCGUAGUGCUGAAUAGCAAAGACAAGUUGGCAGAGCUCAAUACAAUAAUCUGCAUGGUCAUCAUGGGCAUAAUCGCGCUGCUAUUCAUCCCGAUCUUCGGUCUCACCGGAUUCCACGUGGUUCUUGUCUCUCGGGGCAGAACGACGAACGAACAAGUAACCGGCAAGUUCAAAGGCGGCUUCAACCCCUUCUCGCGGGGCUGCUGCCAGAACUGCUGCUACACCCUGUGCGGCCCUCAGUUCCCAAGCUUACUCAAACCUAGUAAGUUUGUCGGCAAGAAGCCAAAGCACUACAAUUUCCCUGUCAACCCGCCAGCAAUAUCCACCAUCACGAGUGAAAACCAGGUAAAAACCUACAUGGACAACAGCAAUGGCACUAGAAACCCUAAUGCUAGAAUUUAUAGUAAGUUGUCACCGGGCAGGGAAGGGUCCGACAUGGACAUGGAGCCGACGGCGUCGCAGAGCCAGGACUGCGAGCCGACGCCACCGCCGUUGCAACGGCACGGCUCCAAGAACAACUUCUUCCUGCCACCGGGCGCUGACGUGGACAUGCGGUCGUUCAACGACUCGCCACGUCCCGGACACGUCCAGCAAAUGAAGACUCAGUACGGCAGGGCCUCGCCCUACCCCAGACAGAGCAUGUCGCGGAGCCACACGCCAGACCCUCUGUCUCCGGAGCAGCCAAUAGGGCGGAGUCCGGGCCUUCCGCCGAGCCCGACGAUGCAGCAGCGGAUUAAAGCGAUCGGGGUGCCAACUCCGCUGGCCAUGUCGAGUCCAAUCAGGAGGUCCAACCCCGGAACUCCUACCCAGCCACGACGCCCCGACUUUAUCGGGGUGGGGUGCGAGACAGCGCUCGGUAGCUUCCAGCCGCCGCAGCCGGUGCCGGUGCCGCCGCAGCCGCAGUACUACGACUUCCAGCCGCGCCUGCACCACCGGCCGCCGCCCGGCGUGGCCGCCGCCGCCGCGGCCAACGGCCAGGCGGGCAACAUGAGUCCGCAGCGGCGCUUCCUCUCGGAGGGCGAGCUGGUUCGGCAGGCCGGCGGCGGCGCCGAACUGGCGCUGUACUCGCGCGGCGGCGGCGCCACGGCCGACAACAUCCGCGAGCUGGCCGGCUCGCCGCAGCGCGGCGUCUACACCUGGAAGGACACCUCCCCCGGGCCGUACCCUUCGGACUACGAGUACGUGGGCCACCGGCCGCCGGUGCCCUCGGCGGGGGGCCACGCCCACCGCGAGCUGCACCGCUCGACGCCGGCCAGCCCGACGCAGCAGCCGUUCUCGGCGAUGCCGCCGCCGCACCGGCCCACCUACUACCACCAGCUGCCGGGCGCGGCGGCCGCGGCCGCCGCCGCGCAGGCCCGCGCCCAGCCGCCGUCGCCGCAGCCGAAACGCAAGCAGCCCGCCGAGCCGGCGCCCCACUCGCGGCCCAGCCCGGGCUCCCGCCGCCCCAUGUCCUUCGUCCGCGCCCUCGAGAUGUCCGACUCGAUGGAGAUGCGCGGCAACAACGGACAGGCGCCCGCCUCGCCGCAGGACACGCCCGACCGCGCCAGCGUCUACGACAUGAGCUACGAGAUCUCCGUCUGAGCCCCGCCGCCCCUCUGGCCCCCCGCCGUCCCCUCCCGACGCCACUGAGGAGGAGACAAUUCAAAAUGCCCUGCAAGCGGGCACGACUUUCGCUCGUUGGCAGCUGCAAAUCGGGAAAUUAUUCAUUGAUUUCUCCUACAAAUCGAGAUGAACUCGAGCUAUUAUUUCAUUC